CGCAUAUAUUCUAUGUAUCAAUUUCGUAUGUCAAAAAAAUACUUUCAUCGCUAGACAAAGAGUGACUAUUAUUUUUAUUUUUACUCGUAAUUAAUUAAAUUGUACGUGCAAAAUGUCUUCAAGAAAAAAGGUUCUUCUAAAAGUUAUUAUCCUCGGCGAUAGUGGCGUCGGCAAAACAUCAUUGAUGAAUCAGUUUGUCAACAAGAAAUUUUCCAAUCAGUACAAGGCUACAAUAGGCGCAGAUUUUCUCACGAAAGAGGUAAUCGUCGACGACAGAAUCGUCACAAUGCAGAUUUGGGACACUGCGGGACAGGAGCGAUUCCAGUCGCUUGGGGUGGCGUUCUACCGUGGGGCGGAUUGUUGCGUCUUAGUUUUUGACGUAACUGCCCCCAACACGUUUAAGUCCUUGGAGAGUUGGAGAGACGAAUUUCUGAUACAGGCAUCACCGCGCGACCCUGAAAACUUCCCAUUCGUCAUACUAGGUAACAAGGUUGAUUUGGAUAACCGUGCAGUUUCUGCCAAACGUGCACAGCAAUGGUGUCAAAGUAAAAAUGAUAUUCCGUACUUCGAAACGAGUGCCAAAGAAGCUGUAAACGUAGAACUCGCAUUCCAGACUAUCGCGCGUAACGCCCUAGCUCAGGAAACUGAGGCAGAGCUUUAUAAUGAGUUCCCAGAUCAGAUCAAGUUGAACGCCAAUGACAAUGGUCGCAACAGGGAUGGAGACAACUGUGCUUGCUAGGUUCCACCACAUCAUUUAACAUUGGCAAUAUGUUAAGUGUUUCUUUAUUAUUUCAUAACAAAUUGAAUACAAUAGAGUAUAACUUUUUAUUUAUAAGUAAUGUUUAUUUUAAUAUUUUAUCACUGUGUAAAAAAUGUAUAGGAGUGAUAUAUAUUUACAUAUUUCGUGUUUAUUUUUGUGAUUUGUUUAACAAGCGAUUGUAUGAGUUAGGCUUGUCGAAAUAAAGGAAAAGCCACUUUGUUGGUAGACAACUUGGUAGUUAAUGAUUAACAUAUUAUGAUAUGAAGUCCAAGUUUAUCUGUUGCCUCAUUCCAUACAAAUCAGAAUUGUGUAAUAGAUCAGACUGCAUCGAGAGUGACAGGCUUUAUGUUACUGGCAAUAAUUGUUGUGGUCUCGCUUGAAGUAACAUAUUUUAUUUCACUUCAUAAACAUUGUUGAUAUGUAGAAGCAAAUGCUUUUAAAUCAGUUUGUAACCUUGAAUGGCACACCCAAAGGUUCUAAGUGGUUUAAAUCCACUUUAUAAUGUUUAUUGCUUAACUAUUCUGUUGCAGUUGCAUUCAAUUUGUGAAAUAUGCCUGUUCAAAAUCAAUUAUGUAAAAGAUAUCCAAAUUGCAGGUUUCUAAUUGGUAACUUAUUGUCUAUUGUACGAAAAUGUAUGAAGUAAUGGAAUUUAAAUCUAGUGCUACAGACUGGAAAAUAUAAUACAAUUACAAUUCAGUGUUAAAGUGGCAACUGAAUACACAUGAAUAUUCACACAGAGUAUUUGUCUCUUGAGAGCAAAUUAUGAUAUCUGAAUAUUUGUUUCAAUUUUAUUUGCUCAGUUGUGUUCCAUUCGAGAUAAAACAAGGAGGUGACGGCAAAAGUACACACAUGCAUCUAUUAGUACCAAACUCUAGUGUCUGACUUCUAGUGAACCUUUGAAAGGAAUUGGCUCGGACACUAUAUUUGCCAUCAAGCUACUUUACUUAAUGUACUUCUAUGUUGAAUAUUUAACUUGUAACACUUGUAACACACACCAAGCAAAUAUUUAAAUAGUUGUUACCUUUAAGGUGGGAAGCUGUAAAAUUAGAUGAGUAUUCCAAAUCGAUAUUGCUAGAUUCCAAUUAUACUGAUUCUGCAAUUUGUUGUUGAUUAUGUGUUCUGAGGACAUUUUGAAGUAUCCUCAAGUAUAAAUUGUUAAUUAUAAACUACAAAUUUUCAAAUGUACUUUGAAAAGAACAAAACCUUUGUUUAACAAUAAUUUGAUAUUCUGUUAUUUUAUGUAUUAUUUAAAUAUUUUUAUAUCAAUCAAUGCACCAGAAUGAAAUUUUUAUUCUAAUGUGUGAUAAUUUAGUGUUAAAUAAAAAAUAAUGUUGAGUUUAAUAAUUAUGUAGGUGAUUAGAGAUUUAUAGCUAAAAGUUUAAUUCUUCAUUUUGUUAAAGGGAAAUUUAAUACACUAUUAUGUGAAGCUAGUGCCUCAAUGCUUUACUUUUUUUACAUAUUUAAAUUCUCGAAAAGCUGCAUUUCUUAAUGUUCAAAAUACUAUUGGUAUAAGUAAAGUUCAAGUACUAUUGGCAUAGGUAAGUCAAGGACAAGAAAGUAUUUCAGUGAUAUUUAAUAAAAAAAAUUACAAAUUGUACCAUGUAUUAAUAGUGAGAUCAGAAGUGAGAUUCAUUAAGAUACAUGUGGACAUAACUGGACUAACUGGACAUUCCUUGUAUGUAAAGAAUGAUUCAUUGUGGCUGUGUAUAAUAGGGACCAGCCAACAUAGAAAUCAAGUGAUAAUCAUGGACUAUUCCGCCCAGUUUAAUAGUCUUCCACUCUGGGAGUUCCAUCUACUAACCCUUGUAAGCGAUUGUUAUAACAAAAAUCUUUUAAUUUUGUCUUGCAUAUGUCACAUCCCAGUUUCAAUACUAUGUCCAGUUUCCUGUAGUCAAUCUGAAUCUAUUUAGACUUUACUUAAUUUAAUUUUGUACCUAUUUAUUUAAUUAUUUAUGAUCAUGAGCUUCACAGAUUGAACUAUUACAACUGUUUGGAUUUAGAUUAUAUUGUCUAAAAAAUAUAAUAUGUACUGUGUUUAUAUAUUAUUUUAUGAUAUCAUAAGUCAAAAUUGUUUCAAUACUGAAAAUUCUUAAAAGAAUAUUUGUCGAGUAAUAUUUUAUCUAUGUAUUAAAUAUUUCUGUAUAUAUUUGAAUUUUAUAUUUUUAGAUAUUAAGUAGUUAAUGAUAAAUAUUAACAAUAUACCUACUUAUAUACACUCUUAAAGAAUAUUCAGCAUUUGUAUCAUUGUUUUAAAUAAAAGUGCAAGGUAAUAUGAUAAUGACGUCAUUCUUUCCAUGCUCAUAAUAUUUCCAUGUAAGUAGAUUAUAGCACUCGUAAAUACACGUGUAUUACUUGUACUUGCCAUUAGUGCUCGUCCAUGCAAAACAGUUGCAUAGACUAGUUAAAUAUAAUAACAUAACUACUUACAGAUAUCUCUAAAAUAUGUUAUCAAAUGUUUAGAUCAUAAUAUUGUGUUAAGCAGUCUGUGUUGCUUACCAAUGAUAGUUUAUAUGAAUGUAAACCUAAAUGCUCAGAAGCAACUUAUUGCAGCUUGGAACGCCAUUAAAAUGUUUAAUGAAUGUUUGUAGAUCUGUUUAUGAAAUAUUCCAAAUAUGGCCUAUUAAGAAAUUGGAAGAUGUAUUUAACUAAAUUUAAAAGUAAAAUAAAAUAAUCUUAAAUCUCUUUUUAAACCAUCUAAGUAUCUAAUUUAAUUUAAUUCUUGUAUUGUUUUAUCGCACUUGCUUUGAUGAGGAAAUAUAAAAAUAAUAAAUAUGAUGUAUUCUAAAUUAUAUUAUCAAGGGGAUAGUAUGUAAAUUUUAAGACCUAGUUGUAUGAGGUAAAGAAAUACGACAUACGCUGUAAUAAUGGUUGCUUCUAAUUUUAUAUUAAUGAAUAAAAACAUCAUCCAAA